AUGGUCGCCGAUACGGAGCUUUACGAGCGCCUCGGCGUCACGUACGAUGCGUCCGCCGACCAGAUCCGGCGCUCGUACCGCCGCGCAGCGAUGCUGUGGCACCCAGACCGCAACCCCGACGACCCCGAAGCCGCCGAGAAAUUCAAGGCCUGCCUUGAGGCGUACGAGAUUCUAUCGAACCCCAACCAGCGCACGCUCUACGAUACGUACGGCCUGAGCGGCGUGCUGCGGACGGCCGCCGACCCGGAAAUGUCGCCCGAGGCGCAAUACGCACAGCCGCCGCCGCAGCCGGCAUCGUCGUCAGGCCGCCAAUACCGAGAGCGAUCGCGACCACAACAGCGACCACCACAGCCCUCGCCGUUUGAUGAAUUUUUCUCGUCGCGACGUCACUCGUCGUUCCACGACAUGUUCAACGACGACUUUUUUAACGAUCCCUUUUUCUCGUCCACACGACCGCCGCCUAUGCACUCUGACUUCCCCCCUUCGCAAAGGUCCUCCAGACAGGCGCAGUCGCAGUCGCAGUCGCAACAGACACCCCGAUUCAGCUUCUCGAGUAGCUUCACGUUUAGCACCAGCAGUAGCAACGGUGGCAGCGGCGGCGGCUCGUACACGACGCACACACAGUCCUGGAACAGCCGCGACGGGCACCAGAGUCGGCGUACGUCCGGCACGAUUCGACCGGACGGCGUCCAUAUCCGGCACGAUGAUGGCAUCGACAGCAACCGACGGGUGGACAACAGCAGACGCAGUUCGCAUCGGUCCACCUCUGGCGACGGCUACACGGACAAUGACAAUGAGGUCCCACAGGCGCGGCAGUCUCAAAGUAUGCAGCAGGGCAUGGAGAGCCCUUUUAACAUGGGCGGUGGGCUCUUCAACCUGUUUGCCAACAUGAGCAACAUGAUGUCAUCCUCCUUUGGCAACAACAUGUUUGGCGAUCGUGAUCCCCAUGCGAGACAGCAGCAGGGCAGGCAGCGGUGGCAGUAA